AUCGAUUUUGCUUCAAGUUCCAGUAUGUCACCAACCAUGGAUGGAAAAGUGGUAACUCUCUUCGUACUUCUUGUUAUUGCACUAGUUGCAGGUUUUCCAGAUAAAUUAAAAAUCACUAAUGGAACCGAUGCCAAUGAUGGAGAAUACCCUUGGAUUGUGUCGAUGAGAUACAGAAACUGUCACAAUUGUGGAGCAUCAAUACUGAGUGAAAAGUGGAUUUUAACCGCAGCUCAUUGCGUUUACCCAAAUUCAUUGAGCCUCGCCAAUAUUUUAUACGGAACAGUAAACUCAAGCAACUGUUUGCCCGUCCCCGACAAGACCAUACCAGUCAAAAGAGCCAUCGUCCAUGAGGAUUACCAAGUUAACGAUGGGUACCCCAUAAACGACAUUGCACUUUUGGAAUUAGAAGGGAACAUACCGAUGUCAGACAACGUUCAGCCCGUUCAACUCCCAAUGCAAAACAAAAUGCCUGAAGAGACGGACGAAGCCAUGCUUGCUGGUUGGGGUUACCAACAAGUGAACGGAGUUGUAAUGCCGGUUCUUCAGCAAGUUCAACUUACGAUUUAUCCGGAUGAGAUUUGCACCAAAUACCACGGGGCUAAUUACUCCGCCCCUUAUCAAAUAUGUGCCGGAGCUGAUGGUGAAUGGAAAGGACAAUGUUCUGGUGAUUCAGGCGGUCCAUUGACAGUUGACGGGACGCAGUAUGGAAUUGUUUCAUGGUCUGAAAAACCAUGUGCCAUAAUGCCAGGAGUUUUAACCAGAGUGGCCAAUUAUAGAGAAUGGAUUCGAAAAUACACUGGAGUAUAAUUAAUAGUACUCGUAGUAUUUUUAAUAGUAAAAUAAUACUGAAAUACGAAUUAUACUUGUUUUGGUAGCCAUGUUUUGUGUAGAAAUUGUUUGUAUGUCAGAUAUACAAAUAGGAGCACAAACUCUUAGAAUAAAUAUUUUUAAUAUUACAUUAUAGUUUCUCAA